AUGGCACAUGGAUACCCCGGAAUUGGCUUGCGCAUACAGAAGCUGACUGGGGUGCAGGAGUACACAGAGUGCAUGAAGGAGACGCCUGCGGGCAUGAAGAUCAACUUCGACGAGCAGAACAUGACCAAAUGGGAGGUCCUGAUGGAUGGGCCGGAGGGCUCUGUGUAUGCGGGCGGCCACUUCAAGCUCGAGAUCAUUUUCCCCAACGAAUACCCGUUCAAGCCCCCGGUCGUCAGCUUCAGGACGAAAAUCUACCACCCCAACGUGAGCAACGACGACAAAGGCUCCAUGUGCCUUGGCUUGCUUCGGCCCGAUGAGUGGAAGCCGCCGAACAAGGUGGUUGCCGUGCUGCGCCUGAUCCAGUCACUGAUGGUUGAGCCCAACAUCGACGAUGCAAUCGAGCCGUCGAUUGGAAACGAAUAUAAGGAGAACCGCAAGGAGUUCGAGAAGAACGCCAAGGACUGGGUGAAGCGGUAUGCGAAGUAA